CGCGUCCUCCUCCUUCCUUCUCUCUCCUCCCUCCGCCUUCUAUAAAUAAGCUCGAACCUCCCAUCCCCCUCUUCCCUAACCCCAACCUCCGCAGCAAGCUCCACCACUUUGCUUGCUGCUGCUCGAGCGCUCGAUCGGUCUCCGCUCCAAUGGCGAUACACCUGACCAACCCUCCUCCGGGGCUCUACGCCACCAAGACACCCUCGCAGCAGCAGCAGCAGCACAGGCCCGCGGGUAGCCAUGCCGCUGCGGCGGCGGCGGCGACGGUGGCGAUGCCGCAGACGGCGUCCGCGGCGUCGUCGAGCGUGGCGGUGAAGAAGAACAUGAGGCAGGCUGCGCCGGUGGUGGUGGCGAGGAGGAGGACGACAGCGGUGGAGAGUGGCGGAGUGGCGUUGGCGAGCGUGUGGAGGGAGGUGCAGGGGGAGAGGGAUUGGGAGGGCAUGGUGGAGGGCACGGCCGAGGAGGAGCUGCACCCGCUCCUCCGCGGCGAGAUCGUCCGGUACGGCGAGCUGGUGGCGGCGACGUACAAGGCGUUCGACCUCGACGCCGCGUCAAAGCGCUACCUCAACUGCAAGUACGGCAAGGCCCGGAUGCUCGACGAGGUCGGCAUGGCCGGCGCAGGGUACGAGGUCACGAGGUACAUCUACGCCGCGCCCGACCUCGCCGCCGGCCCGCCGUGCCCGAGCCGGUGGAUCGGGUACGUCGCCGUGGCCACGGACGAGGCGGUGCGCCGCCUCGGCCGCCGCGACAUCGUCGUGUCGUUCCGCGGCACGGUCACCGGGUCCGAGUGGGUGGCCAACAUGAUGAGCUCGCUGGCGCCGGCGAGGUUCGACCCGGCCGACCCGCGCCCCGACGUGAAGGUCGAGUCGGGCUUCCUCUCCGUCUACACCUCCGACGACGCCACCUGCCGCUUCACCUGCGGCAGCUGCCGGAACCAGCUCCUCUCCGAGGUGACCCGCCUCAUCGCCAAGCACAAGCACGAGGACGUCAGCGUCACCCUCGCCGGCCACAGCAUGGGCAGCUCGCUGGCGCUGCUACUAGGCUAUGACCUCGCCGAGCUUGGCCUCAACCGGGACGCCCGCGGCCGCGCCGUGCCGAUCACCGUCUUCUCCUUCGCCGGCCCUCGUGUCGGGAACACGGCGUUCAAGGACAGGUGCGACGAGCUCGGCGUCAAGGUGCUCAGGGUGGUAAAUGUGAACGACCCCAUCACCAAGCUCCCCGGCAUCUUCCUGAACGAGAAUUCUAGGGUUUUGGGAGGCAAGCUGGAGCUGCCAUGGAGUAGCUCAUGCUACACACAUGUGGGAGUGGAGCUUGCCCUAGACUUCUUCAAGGCGAGAGACCCAGCUUGUGUGCAUGACUUGGAAGCAUACUUAGGGUUGCUCAAGUGCCCUAAGGUGACAAAAGUGAUGAAAGAAGGGGAGGAUCUCUUUAGCAAGGCCAAGAAAAUUGUUCUUGAGCAAAGUUUUGACACUUGGAGGUGGCAAAUGGCUGCAAUUCAAGUUGGUGGCUUGGUACAAGCCCUAGGAAUGUAGGCCUCAUACGGGGUUUUGUUUUUGUUUCCCACGAUUUUUGAGGGAAAUGAAGGCUCACAUACCCUUGUAAAUUGAAAAUUUUUUGUGGGGGUAAAUCAGGUAGAUCGAAGACAUAUAUAGUGGAAAACAUACAGAAUAUAUAGGACAUUGUUCAUGAAUGUAAGUUAACCAAUUGAACACAACAAAGUAUACUGAUUAUACUGAAUAUAUAUUA